AUGUUCCACGUGGGCACAGGCUCCAUUGCUUCCAAUUUCAAGGAGAAGGAGCUCUCAAGCUCGCUGAAGAAGGACCGCCAACUCAUCCUCUCUUUCUCUUUCUCCCUUCCCCACACUUUGCAGCUUUUCCUGGAUGACGCCAAGGUCAAGAACUUCAUCACCUGCUUCAAAGAUAAGCAGUUCCUGGCCUUCUUCUUCAAGCAACUCAGGGUUAACCAGAGCGGGCGCUACGAGGACACCUUCCCCUACCUCUCCCCCUGCGGCCGGGAGCACAACUACGUCCGCUGCGACGACCGGCCCGUCGUCUUCACCCACCUCUUGCAGGGCGCCUCCGGCGAGGAGCUUCUGUCCUACUGCGGCGGGGCAGACAGACUGACUACGCCCUUCCAGCCCGAGAGGCUGCUGAUGCUCCCGGAGAACGGACGCGUCUACCACCCUGGCCCCGAAAAGGCGGGCGGCGUGGGGCUGGUGAAGUCCUCCUUGGCCUUUGAGCUGAGCCCCCACUUUGAGUACGAGCGGGGGCCCCGCCAGCCCCCCACCCAUUUCCACUGGCGAGACAAGCACCACGCCCUCACCAACGAACUGCUGCCGUUCAUCCGAGGCCAGGACAAGGGGGCCUAGAGGUGGAUCUUGCACGGCUCCCAGCUGACUACCUGCUGCCUCAGUCGCGCGGAAACCGCGGUCACCCACCUGUGUGGCCCCCAAAGCAGUGAGAGGACCGUGCAUCCCAUAAUUCCAGGUUUAUCCAAGCAGCCAGCGGGACGCUUUCGCUCCAAGGUAGCUGUCUGACAGUCUGUUAGGAUGAGGCGAUUCUGAGUCCUACGGGAUCCACUCAAAUAUUUGUGGGAUUCUAUGUGAGGCUUGGUGGACCUUCAGCCAGUGGAAACCACAAAGCCCAUUCACAGUUGAGAACCGAUGGAGCCAGGCCGUGGGGCACUGCUGAGCAGCAGCGUAGGCAGGGCACACACCCCCUGGCCUUAAUCACUUGCAAGAGCGCUGGGGUAUCUACCGACAUGCACGCUGUCCCUUGGGACUCUCUCUUCCUUGGGCUGUCAUGAUUUAUUGGUUUGUUUGUUUAGGAAAUCUGCCCUGAAGUUCGGGUAAAAUACAGUUGCAAUAAACCAGUCAAGGUAAGACCGUAAAA